UUGCGCUCAUUGGACGCCCCCAUCCGCGUCUCGCCAUCGCCAGCGCCGGCGCCGCGCCGAAGGUGGCCACCGGUCCUCUCGGGUCCGAAAUCUCGGGCCCUCGUGCGUUCGGACAUCCGCCAGCCUCCCUCCCGCCAUUCCAUUCCUCGACGCGAUUCGUGCCCUUACAUUGGCUUCGUGCUCGAGCGCCCAUUCUGCGGUGGCAUCGAUCGAUCGGCAGCAUGCGCCAUGGCUUCCCCGGUUUGGAGUCCGUUUCUUCGGCGCGAGGCACGCAGUUGACGAACGGAACGCCCCAGGGUCGUUGCGAGGAGCACGCGAGGCCCUGUCCCGUCCUUCGAGCAGUGGCGCAAUGCUUGGGCUCGAUGACUGUGCCUGUCGCAGAGGCUGAAUGCGUUGCGAUGGACGUUAGUGAGAGCACCUCGUAACUAUUUCGUUGAGUUUUGGCAUCUCGACCAUAUAUUACAUCACAUCUAUUUUCUGCGAUACGGGUAUUCUGGGUUGGAACAUUGAACUGACGUUCAAGUUGGAGAGAUCUCUCGUCUCUCCAUAGGUCGCGAAGGGUGUGCCUUACAUCGAAAAGAGCGUUGACGAAUUCUAGUAGUGGGCGAUCUUUUCUCAGAGUUUAAGUGGGGGUACACUAAAUUUUAAACUAUCCGUGUGUACUGAGGUAUUAGAUUGCACGUGAAUGCAAGCUACAUGAAGAGCAACUACAUCAUUCGCGUGCUGAACUUCUGGCUAAUUUUACGUCCGUCGUUAAUAUGUUCUCUCAUUCGGUAAAUCAGCUCUUGCGUGCACCAAUGUAGCCUUAGUAAACUGUUCCCACCAUCAGAUGCUCCUAAAACGCUUCCAAGAAGAUAAUCCGCCGCUACGGGACGCGAUACAUCUGUAGCGUCUCGAGCAAAUUCUGGAGCCAAGCAAGAACUUGGUAGGAAAUCGAAUGAUACGUGAGAGACCUGGAUAUUGAAAAUUGCUGUGGUAAGACACUGGCUUUAGUUGAAGCGUUUGACAAGACAUCUCCAACAACGGCUUGAGAGGGUGGAUUGGAAAAAAUGACCCAGCUUGCUCAUGAAGAGUAUCAGGAAACGAAGUGGCGAGGCAAACCUAGACACGUCUGGGGAAAUUACAAUAUGAGGCCCAGGGACGAAGAAAAUGUACCUCCAAACUUGGAUUACAAGGCUAUUGAGCAGAUUGCUGAUGGCGUUGAGAAAAUGAUACGGUCAUGGGGCAACGGACAAGAGAGAGAACCCUACCUUCCGCCUUGUAUGUCGAAGAAAGAUGUGGAGUCCUGUACUUCGUCACCAGCGGCCUGUUCGAUUAGAGGUCUGCAGAAGAACGGGCAGACAUCUUCGCCAGCUAUCAAAAGCCCUCUGAGCGAGAAAGGCAUUGCCGAAGAUGGCGGGUGCAAUUACAUGUGUCCAGUGCAGAUACAGGACGGUCCCGGUGGUGUUACCACUGAAAUAUCCAUCACUGGCAAAUGCCCAGCUGCAGGGAUCGGGUCGUCGUCCAUUAGUCAAAUUGUAAGAGCGGAAUCUAUCACCAACAAAGACACGCAUGCUGAGAAAAGCGUCACUAAGACAGCCACAUAUUGGUACAUGGAAUCUAGCAAUGGUAAUAAUCCAGCAGGGCGAGUUAACUCAAGACAAGCGGAGGAAAUCCCAGAAAGUACUGGGCGCACUGGAGGAUUCCGCAGUACCUUCAACCAGAGCUGUUACAAUGACAAUGUUCUUGGGCCGAGGUGCUGGAGCACGGAAGAUACGGAUGCGAGACCGGUGCUCAGGAGUGAAGGAGAUGAGCUAUUGUUAGGAAAUGAGGCAGGGGAGUCACCAAAUGCCACCCCGUUCGCUCCAACAGUUGAGACCAAAUUGAAGAAUUUCCACCGCAAAGAAACGAAGCACAGUAGAAAGAAAGAGACCUUAUCCUCAAAGAGUCUCUGCAAGGCAAAUCAAGAACUCAACGUACCGCUCAAUACAUCAGUCAUACUAGAGCAAGAGAGAGCAGUUCAACCUCGAAUGUUGCUGACACAGAUAAAACCGAAAGAUGGAGCGUUGGAGGUGCCUCCACUGCCGAGAGUGAACAUUGGGAACUUCGACGCGAUCUUUGACUCGAUUGUCAUUGACGAUGAAUUGCUGGAGAAGAAGUUGGCAGCUCUGACCACAAUGCCACCUACUCCUCUCGUGAAUCCUGCAGAACUGUCAGAAGAUCAGCGAAACAAACAGGUGCAAGAUUUGCAAAUAGCACUUCUGGAGUGUGCCAUGGAGUAUGAACUUAAGACGAUCGAGCUGAAAAUGAAAAUGAAGAGCUUGCAAACAACCUCUAAACAGUCAGAUCCAGAGUCAAAGUCGACUUCCGAGAAGACUCCAGAGCAGCAGAUGCUCUACUCCAAAAGCUCUAGAGAAUCGCAGAUAGUCGAGUCGAUGAAAAAACAAAUUUUCAAGCUUCAGCGGGAGAAAGCGGUUCUUACCAAGGAAUUUCUCCUUUUGCAGAAGAAAGAAAGGAAGUUCGAAACUCAGCAAAGAAGCCUGGACGAUGCAUUACUCAGGGUCAACCGUCUCACAAAGGAGGUGGUGAAGAAAGAACAUGAACUCAUGGAAGCUCAACUGAUAGAGAAACAAACCAUGGUUCAACUUCAAGAAACACAAGAAGCUCUGGCCAAAGCAGAAGCUAAACGAGUACCACCCAAUACAUCGGGCAUGGAGCCAGCCAAGCUCGUUGCUGCACUUCCUUCCCUCCGAGAAUGGAUCAGAACACUGAAAAAGGACAACAGCUACGAACCAAUAAUUUUCAAGAUGGUGGACGGUUAUUACAGCCCUGGAGAAGACCCGGACCACACGGAUGCAUUGAAGCCCAAGUCCGCAAACGAGACAGCUGCUGACGGUGCACAGAAGGUAGUUGAGCGUAUGGUACACACUUUGAUGAAAGAGGUUCAAGCAUUGCAGAGGGAGCUCGGCAGGCUUGGAGGCUGCCGGAGUUUGAAACCAAAACCUGCAUCAUUAUCAGGAGAGUUGUUGAAGGUCAAGCACUUGAAGAAAGAACACUCAAAAAAUUAGAAAUGUGAUUUGUGCAUCGCAGUUGCCGCCCCAAGGUGUCUGGGGAGGUCAGGAAAACAAACCGGGAAGAACUGCUGCAGCUGGUGGAUCUAACCCAAACGGCCAUAAACGGUUUUGCGCCUGCUAAGCCCUCGAGCAAGUAAGCCCUCUUCAUUAUUAAUCAUGCACAACCUUUCUCGCUAUCGAGUCUACAUGAGAUUGUCAGCUUGGCAAAUAUCUGCGUAACGUAGAAGUAGCCUAGAAAGAUUACCAUAGUUGGUUUCAGCUGCAAUUUUGUAGAUUCAUGCAACAUCUGUCCCUGUCUACAUGAAUCAACGCAUGAAGCAGAAAUAUCCACACCUGGUGAGACAUCGCAACAUCCGGCACAGGUGUACACCUCCGUACGAAACUUGACAGUUUUGGGACAUAUUGUACUUUUACUUCUUGCCUUCUCCAUGUCGCCAUGGAAUAAAAGUCCGCAUGAUUCACCAAAUAUCAGGAACUAGGAAUGUCUAGAAUGAUCUUGAGGGGAUCUUUAAGUACAUGUUUCAUGAUCGUAGCUCCUGAAUUUCAAGGAGCAGAGCCACAGACUUACAUGUGUACUGCGCUGGGAUCAGAGACAUGCCUGUUGUCAGACAUGUUACAGAUGCUGACGACUCUUUCAGGCGAUAAUACAUUCUCAAUGUUUUCCACGUUUAGCGUUUCUGGAACAGGUGACCAGAAGGGCAUGGAUCCUGUUAUUUCUCGCAAUUCUAUCCUUGUACCGGUGUCAAAAAAUCUCAAGUAUCACUCGCUUUCCAGACAUGACCUUGACAAUGCAGAAACUAAUGUUCAUCUGUAUAUCACUCUCCCGCGUACUCCCGCAGCUCAAACUAGACUAUAACAGACGUCUACACCAUAUAUGUGCCUCUUAGCACUAGAACUACCGGUUUGAUUGCAUCCGGAAUAUCUUAGAACUUAAAAACCUGGUGUUCGGAGUAUCCUGCACUCUUGAGAAGUCCCGUCAACUGUAAAGAGCAGCACAGUAAACGAG